AUGGGUUGCUGUCUAGGCACCACCGCCGCAAACAACCGUCAACCGGAUAAAUCCAAGCUCAAAACAGAGCCUCGACCAGCUUCCCACUCUCCUCCGCCGGCAUUCGAAGAAGAGACGGUAAAGGAAGUCCUUUCUGAAACCCCCAUCGUCCCCAAAACUCCACCGACAGUCAUCGUAGACCGCCCACAGAUUCUUCAAUCGGAGGAACGCAGAGCCGUUGAUUUAACGAAAAAACCAUCAGAGGAAGUUCAAGAGAAUGUUUCCGAGAUGUCGGAGAUGUAUAGUUACAGUGAGAGCUUCUCUGCUGCAACAACGGCGACGGUGGCGGAUGCUAAGAAAGACGAAAUCGAGAUGGACGAUGAAGGUGAAGUCACCCAAAAAGUGAAAAUCAGGUCUCCGCCGGCCAAGAGGGUUGUCAGAAAACGUCCGAUGGCGACUUCAGGCGAACUUGCUGGGAAGAAGGAACGAAUCACCAGACCUGCGGCUAGAAGGCAAAUGGCUCCUUCUCCGGAGAAAAAACGUCAGUCGCCGUCGAGGACUACGACGAACGUACAACGCCAACGAAAUGUAGGACAACCCAAUGAUGCCCGGAGAGAAGUCACGGCUCGGAGAUCGAGGUCACCGGCAGUGCGUGGUGAAGCAGGUCAACGUCGGAAAAUAAGAGACAGAAGUCCCGCUGAGAAAUCCAGUGACGUGAUACCUGUUAACACCGUGGAAAGUGAAGAAAAGAGUACGGUGGAAAAGGCCGACGACGGUGCCGCCUCGCCGGAGCCGCAGACAACCGAGUCGUUGGAAAACCCUCUUGUUUCCCUAGAGUGCUUCAUUUUCCUAUAG